AUUCAUUUUCUUGACGCACAUAGGAUCCAUGGCGCGGUUAACUGGCAUGAGUUUCGAGGCCAGGUUCGAAGGGGAAGACGUUGCGAGGCGUAUCGUAAAAGAUGGGUAAGCACCGACCGGAACAUUCAUGCUCUAGUGAAAUUAAAUACUAGCGCAGCGAGAGUGCGUAUAGAGCCGCCUCAAAGCCAUUUAAACCGGCUGGAGGCGAGGAUAUUCGCCUGGCUUUUCACUGGCAUAAAUCUUCGCCCGACAUACCGACCACGUGUUGUAUUGACAAUUGGAUUGCGGGACACGGUCGUUAUUUUCGAUUCCAAUAAUACCGACCGAGACAAAAGAGUUAGAAUAAGAAUUAACCCUUUAGGGGGAGCAGAUGUAAAAAUUUACAUUAACAUGACUAUAUUUAUAAAAGAUAUGUUAGAAAAUUUAUAA